UGUUUUUCAGACAUUUACAAAAAUGAGAUUCCUCUCUUUUUAACAUUUUUGAUAAUUUAUCUGAACAUUUUACUAGGGAACAUUAUAGUAUUCACGUGUAUUAUUCUGGACUCUCAUUUACAUACUCCAAUGUAUAUCUUCCUGGGCAAUUUAUCAACUGUUGACAUUUGUUCAACUUCGAACAUUCUGCCGAAGCUUGUGUCAAUGCUUUACAGUCAGCAGAAGACCAUAACAUUUCAAGAAUGCAUGACUCAGUUGUAUUUCUUCAUCUUCUUCACUUGUACUGAGUUCCUUCUUUUGGCUGUUAUGGCGUAUGACCGAUAUGUGGCAAUCUGUCAACCGCUUCAUUAUCCUUUACUCAUGAAUCUCAAACAUUGUACAUUAUUUUUGGUUGCUGUCUGGACUGCUGCAGCUUUGGAGCCGGUAAUACAUUGUGUUUUUAUAGCAAAUUUGUCAUUUUGUUCAUCCCAUCAAAUCAACCAUUUUUUCUGUGACAUUUCCCCUUUGUUAAAACUUUCCUGCAGUGACACUUUACAUAUUGAGAUUGCAACAUAUGUACUAGGAGCCAUUGUAGGCUUGAUUGCAUUCACACUCACAUUGUCCUCCUAUGUGUUGAUUAUUUACACUAUUGUAAAUAUCCAGUCAGCAGAUGGAAGACGUAAAGCAUUUUUUACAUGUGCAUCCCACUUGACUUCUGUUCUUAUAUUUUAUGGAACCUCUUUGUCGCUUCACGUUAGACCCAUGUCAACAUAUUUUCCAACUGAGGACAAAUUGUUCUCUCUUCUUUAUAUCAUACUGAUCCCACUUGCUAACCCUCUUAUAUAUACCUUAAAGAACAAACAAUUUAAAGAGUCCUUUCAAAAAGCGAUAACGCUACAUUGUAAAACAGGAAACUUAGAUUUGGAUAUAUAG